GACCAUUAUGUUUGCUUAUUAUCAUUAUAACAUUUAGUAAAUACUGAAGUUUGUAUUUAAUUUUCAAAUCGUAAACAAUUAAAGAAAAAUACUCCAUAAUUUGUUGAAUUUCUAGGCUUACGUAGAUAAAAUGGCUGCACGUCGCGAUAUAGCACCAUUUUUACAACGUUUACGUGCUUUUUUGCUGGGUCGUGAGCAUACAGUUGCCUUACGCUUCGAAGAUGGUGUAGCCGAUCGGACACAACCACCACCCGAUGUGCCCGGUGGUCCAGCUCAUAUAUUAUCUGCCAAUUACUAUUGCGUACGAGAUCCUCGACGUGAUGUAAUGCCACCCAUAGAUUUGGUGCAACAGAAGCUACUGGCUACUGGUAAAGACACUGCCAAAUCUAGUGGCGCUAAAUUGCCAACACCUGGAGCUGUGUAUGCAUGGGAUUGAAAUGAAAAAUUUUACUAAGAUUAAGUAAAUUUCGAAAGCUGGUGAAAAUUUGAAACGACUAUCUUUUUAAACUUGGAAAAAUAAAAAUUACAAGCGUUGUUAAUGAC